AUGAAUCCACUUACCUCCAUCCUCUCUUGUCUCGCCGGCCAAAGGGCCCCAACUCAACCAUCACCACCCGUCAGCGAGAUCAACACGAACUCAAAGCUCAUCACCACCCAACCAGUCCCGUACUCUGACGAUGCAGCGUCCCAAUUCGUCUCCAUCCUGCAAACCCACACCGGCACCCAUGCUCAACUUCAUCACCGUCUUAAACAGGUAGUUUCCACUACAAGCUGGACGUCAAGCCUCGCCGAAGCCAUUGAGCGCAAGAUUGAGAAACUCUUAAAAGAUGGCGCAGAGCUCGCCAAGCCCAUGGCUGAAGCCGUAAAGAGAGCUACAAACACGGCGUGGGAGUUUGCGAAAGAACAUCCUGUUUACGCUGGGUUGAUCGCAGCUGGUACUAUCAUUGCUAUCGGUGUUUUGGUGGAGUUUGAGCUCAUUUGGGUGCUGAGAGCGCUGGGGUUUGAUGAGGUUGGACCGAGAGUCGGGAGUUUUGCGGCGAGAUGGAUGAGUAGCCUUGAGAAGGUGCCCAAGAGAUCGAUCUAUUCGUAUCUUCAGCGACUGGGGAUGAAGAUUGCUAAGUGA